CAGAAACACAUGUUUGUGUAAUGUGUGAAAGCAAAAAAUGUUUAUAAUGUAUACAAUGCUCCGUUUUUAUUAGAAAAUCAUCAACUUUCAAUUUAAUAGAAUGGCUGAAAAUAAUCAACUUGGUGGAAAUUGUUUUUCCUUUAAUUUUAAGAGUGUCCUCAUUGAUGAAAUUGCUUUAAAUGGUCUAGAGGGGAUCGGAUUUGAUUACCUCUGGAAACGCACAGAAAAGCGUCUGAACUGUUCUUUAACACCAAAAAUUAAAUCAAAAUUUUGGAAAUUUAUAUCGACUGCAAAGUGCAUUACAAUUUACAAGUUGAAUUCGCCAGUACCUCUAAUUGAAAUAUUUGACAGAUUUUCAAUUGUUGAUGAAAACAGUGGACAACUUUUAGACCCGCCAGACUACCUUGAUGGCCCAUAUGAGUACUGUCCAGUAGAAAAUGAAUAUGGAUCAUGUGCCAAUUAUAAAUCUAGAAAGAUAAUUCCUCAAGAAAAACUGCAAUCAAAAUCUUAUGAAGAAGUAUUUGAGCUGUACGGCCAUUCAUUAGUUAUGGUAGCAUCAUUGGAGGAACGGAUGCAUGCUUUAGCUCCACACAUGCCCAUGUCAAUAUUAUUGUAUUUAACAACACUUCACUAUUGCUUACUAGAACUAGUUGGUAAAGGCAGAGAGAAUGGACAAAUGACAGUUGGAAAUACAAAUGUAAGUAAAAUAGUCAAAGAGUCCAAAUUUCUUUUCUAUAAUAGAAAGCACUUACAAGAUCUGGAUUUGAUCAGAGUUACGUGUCUCACUCAAGUAGUUGCCGAGAAAGGCACAAAGAGCCUAGUAUUACGCCUUACACGAUUCCACCAGCCGAAUAUUAAGUCUCAACCUAAGCUUGGUAAAAUUUACAAUUUAACUGAAUACCUCAUGAACCAACCUGACUUCACGGAACGAAAUGAAAUCAUCAUACGAAAAGGAUUUUUGACCCCACAGCAGAGUAAGCGACUCCAAAAAACGGUCAACAUAUUCAAAUUCAAAGAGAAAGACGAAAUGAAGAAAAAGUACAUAACACUCGUAUCACAAAGCGAUGAGUCCUCUCAAUCUGAAGAUGAAAGUUCUGAGCCGACACUUCAAUGCCAGUAUAAAGUUGGAGUCGGUCUAUUGAGACAGGCAUAUGAAAGGUUUUUAGAUGCUGGAUUAAAAGGUCUCACGCAGAUAGAAGUUGCCCAAUUGCUUGGCGUUGAGUUCUAUACAUCGAGAACGAUUUGUCGUAUUUUCAAACUCAAAAAUAUUGUACAGGAGUUUUUGGAAGAUAAAGGACGUCAGAGAACUGCUAGAUACAUAGCCGUAGCAGCCACAAACGAAGUUAACUUCAAAUAUGCAGAAGAGAAAAAACAACUCAUGGAAUAUUUAAAGAAAAACAGGAAGCGCUGUAUUUCCGAAGAUAACAAAAGCGUUCCGGAAAAACGGGCAAAGCAUGAUGUUGAUAAUGACAACAUCGAUAAAAAAAUUAUCGAAAUGAAAGUCCUUGAUGGCCUAGAGGAGCAUUGUAAUAAAUCAUUACAAAACGCGAAAAAGAAGCCAACGCUGCGACAACUGAAAUUUGCUACUGGCAUUUUGAAAGUGAUAAAAGAUCGCCGUUUUGUAACUGGAUAUCAAACGCUAUCCACAUUCGUCAAUAAGGAAACAGGUGAACCGCCAAUGGACACAAAAUCCUUAAAACUGGUCAUUCAGAAACUAAUGACAGAUGGACACUUAAAAGUGUUUAAAUUGAGGUUUACGUGUCAAGAUAAAGAGCGAUAUUCGUUAUUCAUUUGUUCACCAAAUGUAAAAAAGACGGAUCCACUCAUAAAAUCACAUUAUAAUGACAUUUCUCAUAAAGCAAAACUGAAUUACAAGGAUCCCAUUAGGAAAGCAGCUCAAAAUGUAACUCGACCGCUUGCCAAUUUCACCUACCCGCGAUAUUUAAAAAUUCAAAAGUUGCAUGAACACAUUAUUUCAGUUGUACACUUCAGCGAUAUGAAAUUCAAUUUCGCACCAGGGUUUACUUCUUUGCAUUAUAUUAUACCAGAAAUGACUGUCGAGUUAGCUUUAGGUAAUAUGACUUUCGCUGGCGAAACAAAUAAUGUUGGGCAACUUAAGCUACAGGCGUUAGAGCAAAAAAUAUGUGAUGCCCCAGAUAGCCUCAAGAACAAUUUGUUAUAUUCGAAAAAUCUACAUAAUUCAAUAAGAAACAGCUUGAAAAUGCUUGCUGUACUUGGACUUGUUCAGUUAAUCAAUGAACCGUCUUCUUGUGUCACUGAUGAUGGUGUGCACGUGAAUUUUGUAUUCUAUGUAAAUCGUCACGCUAAAAUAUUAGAUACAUCUGGCAUAUGGCCAAGAACUAGUGAAAAAUCGGCAACUUUAGAAAAAUCAUACUUUUUCAACUCAUUUGACGACGUAGUUAAUUAUUGGAAUGACGUUCAGACGAUAAGUUUAAAUACGUCCAUAACAGGAAUUAAACGUGAAAAAUAUAAAGGCCUCUUUCCAUUACGCGACGAAACUGAAGUCAUACAACAUGAUAAUGGUAGCCGAUACGGCGAUGGAUUAGGUCCUUGUGGAUUCGACUCGUCUAUCUUUAUGGAUAUACCUAGAUUAUGGCGUACAUACUGCAGUAGAAACUAUAAAACAAACAUUGCAACUGUAUUGAAAUCCCACAUUAAAUAUAGAAAGGGUUGCAAAUCAGGACCGAAAGAAGAGACAAAAAAAGUAAUCAAGAAGAGAAGGAAACUAAACAAACCACCUCCAAAGCCCAAACCAGUUGUGAUUCAACCAGUAAAGAGGCCUAGAAAUGACACUUCUGUCAAAUGGACAAAACUGGAUGAUGAAAUUUUAACUAUGCUAAAAAUAGCCAUUGUUAUAAUGAGCCCAGUACCAGGAUGUAUAAAAGUCAGAAAUUUAGUUGCAAAAACCCUCCUGUCUGCGAUUGGUCCGACCAAAGCAGCUUCACUUUGUCAUCGACGAUCUGUUCACCUCGAAAGUAAUCCAGAAUUAAUGCAUGAAAAGUUAUGCAUAUUAAAUGAGCUUCGACGGCGACCGCAUUUAACACAAAAAUAUGAAGGCCUAUUAAAAGUUCUGAGAUUAAGACACCAUGCAAAUUUGCUUAAAUUCAUCAGAGAAUCGAAAUUACCAAUGCUGGAGUUACUCUGGGUAAUCUACCAAAUUGCUAAAAACAAACCAUACCUUCAUCGGAUGCCAUGUAUCGCUUCGAAUUUAGAGGAGUUUAACAAAAGCUUCACGAUCACGGCAUCUGCCACUCAAAAAAUUAAUAGUAUGUACAAAACAUCAAUAGAUACUGAUCCAACUUUAGCGUCACUAAAAGAGGGUAUUGUCCUGACUAUCAUGUCGUCAAUAGAUGAAGAAAAUACAAAGGAAACUGCAAAUAAGAUCUAUUCAAUUUUUAAAAACUACCCCGAAUCGCACUUACGUGCUACUAUCGAGGAACUUCGAAAGUGUGGAGCGAUUGCUGCAAGGGAAAAAAUAUUUAACAGUUACUUGAAUAAAGUACAUAUAAAUGAUAUUGUUCAAUCAUGCUACAAAAUUUCGUUUUCUUACAAACGAAGAUGGAUAAAUCGCCUAUGUUCGCAAUUUGAUGAAAAAUUACAUGAAAUUAUUGAGAAUGAAAUACCCCAAAAUGGAUUAAAAGGCUCGCCCUCUGUGAAUUGUUUAUUAUUUGAAAUGCACACUAGUGGCAUCUUAGAUAUAAUAUCUAUAAAUGUGCCAGUUAUCAUAGGCUCUACAGGAUCGCUGAUUCAAGAAGAAAAAAUGAAUAUAAUUGAUAUGGAAGCUAAAUACAAGUUGAAAUCAGGUGUUGUGGGCUGCAAAAAUCUUUCAAAAUUGAAAACAUUUUCAGAAUUAUACCAAUCUUGCAAAUUCGAAGAACACUGCGCUAAUCUUGAGAGAUAUACACAAGUAAAUUUUAACAUAGAAAACUCAAAGAAACAACCACAAGACGAAAUAAUAGAACACUUGAAAGAAAAAAAGGAGAAUGGGUCUACUUUUUCAGAGCUUCAGAAUAUCACGAAUUUGGACAGAAAAUGCCUAAAUGACAAACUACAAUAUUUAGAAGAAAUAGGAGUCGUCAAACGCGUCGGAUUUUACGAAAAUAAAGUUGUGUUAAAAGAAUUUGCGAAACCAUGGCUCCUUGAGAUAAAUGAAAAUAUUCACGUUGUACCAACACCGUGGUUCGAUCUCGAAGGGAAACUGCGUCGCAGCAUUUUUUUGGUGUGGUGCAGCGUAAUAAUGAACAAAAUAUUUGAAUGCCCAGGCUCCUCUUUGGAAUUUUUAUCGAAUCUUUUUGAAUUCAUAACCACUAGAGCAGUACAAGAUGUAUGCAUGUUCUUGGAAAAAUGUGACUGUGUUACUUUAAAAUGUCUCUCAAACGCUCCAGUCGAUCUUUUCUCGGAUGAUGAUGUGGCACCAGAAGUUUUAGAUUUCAAUCCAUAUGAUCCUCCUCAAAAUAUAAUAGCAUUUCCUCAUAAAAAUUCAUUAACUACAUUUUCUUAUAUUAAACAUAAAAUUUUAAAAACAAUUUUAACUAUACAGAGUGUAGAAUGAUUGUUAUGGUUUACUCAUUAAUAUAAUUAAAUAAGGUUAAUUAGUUUGUAAGUAUGUUGUGAUUGUAUCAUAUUAUAAAGUU